AUGCCUGCCUUGGUAAUUUGUAAGGACUGCCCACCUCUACAGAUUCCUCUCCUCUACUCCGCACAUUCUGACACCAUUAUACCUGGUCCCAUCAUUUCCUACCUGUUCCCCCCAGAGAAGAACACCGAUUAUCACAACAUGGAGUUGGAGACCGCCCCGCAAGCCUCGACCUCCUACGGCCCGUCCGAAGGCUCGGGAAGCCAAGGCAAUGACCAAAAUGACUCCAACAAAAAGCAAAAUGUUCGCAAGAGAACGAAAACAGGCUGCCUAACCUGCCGCAAGAGACGCAUCAAAUGCGACGAGGCCCGACCCACGUGUGCCAAUUGCAUAAAAUCCAAACGUGUCUGUGAAGGAUAUAACCCUAGAGUGGUUUUCAAGGAGCCCCUGAGCGCUGCCCAGGGCCCGUUCCAAUCCUCAGGCUAUAGCGGAAACCAUGCAACUGACAUGGGGAAUAUGCAUGUCCCGUUCGCUCGACCUGGCAUGCGGCCCUCGUUGACACCGAUUGCUCCCCGGCCCUCCAUGCAUCCUGCACAUCUAGCUCAGCAUAGUAUGCCAAUGGGCUUGUCCGAAGAUGUAUUCUUCUCCCGACAACCAGGCAUGUCAGCAUCGCAGUCCCAAUAUUUUGACUUCAACUCGCAGAAUGCCGGGGAAAUGCUAGAACAACCACCAAAACUUCCAAAUCCUCUGAUGGCGUCCGGAUAUGGACACAGCAUGUCUGUAAUGCCCAGUCAUUCGAGAUCGACAAUGGUGGCAAAUUGGCAGAACGAGCCUGGCGUGCCUUAUGGCGACGUUAGCCAGCCGAUAUCAGAAGCGGAUCGUCAUCAAUUCUCGCCCUCUGACGAGGAGGACGACGAUGCCAUGUCGAUAUCCGACGACGAAGCGCCACAAGGCGGUGAUUCCCGUGGCAUGCAGACGCUCACCAAGGCAUGGACUGGAGCACGGGUAGAUGCGAGGAAAUUCGACUUUUUCGCCCAUAGCGGAGCUCUGUUCUCUUACAUGGAUUCGCCAGCAAAUUCAGAGCUGCGCAAUCGGGGCGAGAUAACCGUAUUUUCCCACUUCUUGAACAUCACCAGCCCAACCAUUUCCAUGUAUGAGCGCCACCCCUGCGACCCGGUCGAGAAGCAAGAGUUCCACUCAAAGGGACACAAUCUUUGGAGCUAUACGCUACCGGUUAUUGCAUUCCACCAUCCAGGCCUCCUGCAUGCCAUGCUUGCGUUGGCGAGUUUCCAACUCGCAAGAAUCCAAGGGCAGACCCACGUCGCCGCUAUACGGCAUUACUCGAGAGCCAUCAGACGUGUCGCAAGAAACGUCAACUCUCCUUCACGCAGAACGCAUCUAGCUACAAUUGCAGCUACUUUGCUACUGGGGUAUUUCGAAGUCUGGAUGGCCGACCACAAAAACUGGUGUAAGCACCUGAACGGUGCUAGUAUCCUGCUUCGAGAGAUACCCUUAGGAGACCAAGCCCGCCGUUGCCUGCCAAAGCGACGACAGCUAGAGCAGCAGCGUACCCUAAGCGACCCGACAUUCGUACCGAAGGAGCAAGAAAAGCUUGACUACGAGCUGCUUCGGACUAUUACUGGAUGUUCGGUAUACCCUCACGACUAUGGGCUCGAGGAAGACGAGGCGGAAGUGGAAAAAUCGCUGGAGGCAACAAGUCAAGACAUCGAAAAGUUUGAAAACCUCUCCGAUUUAUUCUGGUGGUUCUGCAAAAUGGACGUUUACCAGAGUGUGCUCGGUGGCACCAAGCUUUUCAUGGACUAUAGAGAAUGGACCCAAAUUCCUCCCAGAGCGCCAAUGGCAAGAUUUGGACAAAUCUUUGGAACAUAUGACCAUUUAAUCUUGUUACUUGGCCGUGUCGCAAACUUUGCCGCCAAGGAUCUGGGAAGAAAGCGCAAAGCUUUCAAAGCGCCACCCGGUCCACCCUCCGGAAAUACGCCACCGCAAUUCCCAGGUAUUAUCCCCGUUCAAGGAGCAUUCCAAACGCCGAUGGGCUUUAGCCCACCGCGUCAUGUCUCCCCUCAGAGCGACCAGGCGGACGACGUAGAUCCUUGUUCCAAGUUUGACGCGGCUCUUGAAGAGUGGGAAAGCAUUAAGAAAGCUUUUGAUGCUCUCAAGGAUAGCUUUGGCCCAGACUUUCGGCCACUUAGCCCGGAAUAUGCCGAUAGACGAGAGUCCCCGUUCGGACUUGCUGUCCAGUAUCGCACUUAUUCCAUUUCGGGUGUGUGGAUGAAUUACUACAUGGGCUUGAUUCAUCUUCACAGGGCCCACCCGAACAUGCCACCGGCAGCUAUGCAGGCAGCAGGAAUGGCUGCCAGAGACACGGCAACGUCGACGCCAGAUCCUCUGCUUGUAGCGGCUUUGAUUGAGUGCUCCUUCUGCCUAUUUGUAGCGGCCGUACAGUUUCAAGUGGACAACCAGCGACACUGGCUGAUUCAGAGAAUGUCCGACGUCGCUCAAUACACAGGCUGGCAAUCGGCGAAGCAGAUUGCUACCGGAUGCGAAGCGGUGUGGAAGAAGGCGGCUCAGAUGGGCCGUGGCCCUCCGUACGCAAGCAAAAUCCGGACUGUCGAGGAGCAUGCACAGUCAGUAUGGCGGACUGCCAGACGCUUGGACGAGGUCUUCGAAAAGGAAGGCGACAAGCGAAUCGUGCUGGCAAGAGCUGAUAGAGCACAAUUUGCUCUUGGGUUACUCGCCGCAGAAGAGGAUUUGGCUCGUCUUGAGCUACGUGAUGACCGCACGUAG